AAAUGUUGGGAGAGAAAUAUUUUUAUAUCAACUUCGGUUUUCCAGUAAAGUUUGAACGCUCGAUUGGUUAAGAAGAACCAAAAGCUCGCUGUGGAUAGCCACUUCGCCCAACACGUUAUCGCGGAUUAAUUUUUGGUUCUAUGGAAAUUAGCACCUUCAAAGAAACCACCUUUGAACUGAUCGAAGCCGUUGUUUGUUGUGGCCCUUGUUAACCUCCUCUUGAUAGUGCUCACGUUGAAAAUCGGGGUCCGGGAGAUCCCACGUAUUACUCAUGACAGUGGUGAGUUAUGCCUGCUAUGAUGCAACUUAUGAGUGCACUGUGAUUGCCGGUUUCUGGCCUUUGCUCUGCGAUCUGAUAUAGUGAACUUAGUGGAAAAGUGAGAUAUUACUGAUGACUUAAACAAAAGAUAUUCCGGUGUAGAUUCAAACAAAAGAGAAAGUGCCAAGUGUAAUGCCUGCGACAAGAUCGUCAAACUGCGUAAUUACUCGCAAUUUUCAUUGAUCGUUUAUCAUAAGCGCGUGGACAUUCCAUUCAAAAAUUCAUAUAUACUUUAUGUAUCUUUAUUCAGGUCUUCUCCUAAAGUUAAAGUAGUUCAACAAAAUGAUACUUAGGACGCAUUUGUUGUCAAUAGUUCUCUUCGUGCACCAGCUUUCGUUCGGAGCUGGAAGUAUCGAUCAACCUUGCAAUUACCAUGAAUCCGUUAACAUAACCGGCGGUAAGAGGCUAUCUGACGGAUCAAUUACUUUUGAGGGCGUCAACUACCCUCUAAAAUACAUUGGAACCUGGGAUAUCAAAUACAUAAAUUUGACUCUUCCGGUAGAUGCAGAACCUCACUUCCGUGGUUGCAUCUGCAAAAUUAAAACUUGUAUUCGAAUGUGCUGUGAGGGAUCCAAAGCCUUUUCCAAUGAUACCUGUAAAGAGCCAACACUUCCUGUCAAUCGAUACAUCAAUGUCACAUAUGGUCCAGGAAAUAUAACAACAGUGGAGCCAUCCAAAGCCUUUGGAAUUAUACACGGCGUUGUUUGUAGUGACGGUUACUAUUUGUCACCGAAGAUGUAUGACUUUGAUAAGUGGAUCAUGCAAAAGGAUGGAAGAAUCUACAUCGAAGAAUCGCAAGUGUAUAGAUCGAAAGAUCAAUAUUGUCUUUCGCCCUCAGAAGAAAGCGACACGACGAUGGCUUUAAAUCCAUUCCUCUGUUUUGAAAAUUCUGACACAUCGAGAUCAAUAAUUUAUAGCGUUGCUCUAUUCAUCUCGGUGCCAUUCAUAAUCCUAACUUUCAUAGUUUAUGCUGCUCUUCCUGAGUUACGAAAUCUUCAUGGGAAAACGUUGUGCUGUUAUCUGUUCGCUCUGGCUCUUGGUUACAGCACUUUAGGUGCUAUACAUCUUCAGGAAGCAGACAUGAGCCCAACAGAUUGUUUUUUCCUUGGAUCAGUGACGUACUAUUUAAUCAUGGCAUCGUUCCUUUGGUUGAAUGUCAUCAGUUUCGAUUUAUGGUGGAAUUUCCGAGUCGUUUCGGCACGUGGACAUAAAAAUGAACGCAGGCGAUUUAUUAUAUACUCAGUUUACUCAUGGGGUUUGGCCCUGGUAUUCUUCAUUAUGGUGCAGAUUUUUCAACACUCAAAUAUGCCGAGCACAAUGAAACCUGGUUUUGGUGUUGACGGCGCUUGUUUCCUAAAUGUUGAAACAUGGAUGCAAUUAAUCUAUUUCUACGGACAGAUCUUGUUGACAAUUUCCUUCAACACAACCGUUUUUAUCCUGACAUUAUGUAAAAUUCGGAAGGUUAACAAGGAAAUGAAUCAGAUGAUCUCUCGUGGGGAAAGUCGAAGCAGCCUUAAUCGUGAGAAAGCGAAGAUAAUGUUAUAUUUACGACUGUUUAUCAUAAUGGGAGUAAGCUGGUCCUUGGAGUUUAUAUCGUGGCUUGCAGGACAAAAAUAUGAACCUUUGUUCUAUAUUACGGAUGUUUGCAAUGCGAUCCAGGGACUUCUCAUUUUCAUGUUGUUCGUGAUGCGAAAGAGAGUGUUGAAAUUGGCCGUGAAUAAGCACAACUCUUUAAAAACUUACAUUUCCAAGACUGCUUACAACAUAUACUAUUCCAUGCGAGGUAUAACUCGGAAAGAAAGUGCGUCGAUGACGCAAACCUCUAAGUCCAGCGUAAUUCCUAUGAACUCCAUACACUGCAACGACCAAGAAAACGGCAAGGAGUCGAAGAAAGGAGAAGACCCUCUCAUGUCGACUAUAAGUGAGGGUGAAAGCCAGGAGCACAGCUAAAUUCUAAGGUUAAUUACGAACGAAUUCAUAUACAUUCAGUGAGAAUCUCCGAAUUAGCUGCUGUAAGGACCUUUUUUGGACAGAGAGGAAGCAUGACCAGAACUGCUUUUAUCAGGAAAUUAUUUUAAACAAUAAGCGAUCCAGCAAAUGCGAUUCUGUUGGCUGUUUAUCCCUAAUUCCAUUCUAUUUAAGGAUGAAGUUCACAUUUAUUGGUUAAUUAGUAAUAAAUUAAGAAACCAUCCAAAGAUAGUUUGUAAGUGAAAUAUCGAGAAUGCCCCGAGUGUUUUUUGCCUCAAAUAUAGAGAAGGUGUACGUAAAUAAGGGCGCAUUGAAAUACUCAUCUGGCAUUUAAAGAUCUAAGAAAGUUUUAAGAAAAUAUGUUAGAUACAAGUAUUGAGAAUAAUAAAUUAAAAA